CUUCACAAUGCACUUCCUCAAAGCCGAAAACCAAUAGCAAUCUAUAGUGCAACCCUGGAGGAGUUACCCAGCUCCACUUAUGUUGUCGUUUUUGAGAACAGUCUGCCUCCAUUAGAAAAUCCUUUCGGAACGGUUGGAGAUUAUGAGGUUACCGUGAAGCCAAUCUAUGCUGAAAAGCCGAGAAUCACUGUACAGCUGUUUCAUCCUUAUUGGGAAUCAUCAGCAGUGCGCAUCUCACGAAACUCCGAAGAGUCUCGAAACCGCGACCUCCCGGCUAUUUUUCAGGCUGAGACAGUAAGCAAUACCUCGGAGCCAACACCGAUUUCGGAUAUGCAAAGAUACGCUACGCUACUUCUCGAUGGGACACGGCAUGGGGGCACCAAUUUAGAUGGAAGACCUCCAAAUGCCAUCGAUCUGGGCCAGAUUCAACAAUAUCCACCAAAUGCGUCAGUGGGAUACCAUAUUUACUAUUCUGGUGCAAGUGUUGCGGGAAAUCUCACCACCGACUUGGGGGUUCUGGUAAAAACGACAGUUAUUGUAAGUGCCAGUUUCCACUGCAUUAGACUGAAGAAACGAAUCCUUGAGCGCUUUGAUGUAGAUUUAAUAAUUGCGAAUUGUGAAUUGAAAACAGUAUCACCAAUUAGGAGUUAUUUUGUUGUUCAAGGAGUGGGAAUACGGUUCAUCCUGCCGGACCGAAACAUGCCUUUUCGGUGGAAUUGGAGACUGGAGGCCAAUGCAACAGCUUACAGACAUGUUCUCGAGUGCGCAACAAAAUACAUUGAACAUAUGCUGAAUGUCAUACACUCCUGGGAUGGAAUUCUUGAGGCGACCUGGAUGUAUAGACUUGAAACACUCAACGGAGCGAGUGUCAUCGUUCAUGGCCACAUAGAACUAAACGUGUACAGACUGAUUCAGAAACACUACCACCUUGACUGGAGUAGUAUCGUCAAAACUUUUAACCGAAAUUUCAUGAACAAGUUUCCAUUCCGACCCGUAGGUGAGUUUUUACUGUUCGAAUACAAUGUCAGUUUUUGA